AAAAUUCGCUCGUCUAACCGCAUCAGGUCAGUCCGUGUUUUACACGUUGCCUGGGAACAACAACAACGCCGUUUUAAUACUCGGCACGACUCUUGCUCAUUUCUGUCUAACGUCUACAACAGGAAGUACAGACACAAAAAGUCGUCCAAAACUGCAGAAUAUUAAAACAUGCGAUGAAAACAGUCUUUUAUAAUCGACAGAUAGCGUUCAGCUGCGGGGAAGAGCCGGUGAGAGUAUCCAGUCAGGAAUCACCAGACUCUCUUAAGUGGAAGCGCGUGUCCGAGCGCUGGAGACGCACAGAGCGCGUGAGCUGGAUACAUCCGCGUCGGUUUGAACCGCACCUGAUCUGAGGCACCACAGUAACAUAGAGGUCCUGUGAACUCGUAGAUGCUGUAGAAACCAAGAGCUAAAUCUUCUCUAAAGGAUGAAGAUCACAGUGCCUUCUAGAAUGUAUCUUCUCUUUAGUAGUCCUGUAUAAGUCUAAGGAUCUUGUUUGACAUCCAUCUGGAUGGUUUGAACCAGGAUGGCCAAGCCAUCCUUUUUAAGAAGAGCUCAAUUGCUCCUGUUUUUUCUGGGUGUGGCUUACAUCAUGGCAGGAAGCGUGUUACUGCUUCAGCGCUCCAGUGUGGUAACAUUUCAGAGAGACACGGAGACCAUGGCGCUCCCUUCCCUACCAGCGCCACCUAGAGCCCUGGAAGUACCUGCUGCCAGGUGGUUGUACAGGAGGAACGUCAUCCAGGAUAUGGAGAACCAACCUCUUGAGCAGACAGGUGAUAUAAUGGACCAGAAGCACCUCAUAUCUCGUAACCUGGAAAUCAGGCAUCUAAGACGGCAUUGGUUUCAUGGUAAUGCUGAACAGAAAAGCUCUUCUAAACAUAAUCUGUCACACAAGGAAGCCAGACAUAAAGGGACCUACAUUGGAUGUUUUAUAAACAACGAAACGGAGCACGCACUCGGCGGGACCAUUCUUUAUGAUUUCCGUAAAAUGACCAGCGCCUUGUGUCAGGACACCUGCUCAGAGAGUGGGUUCCGGUAUGCUGGGCUGGAGUAUGGAGCGGAGUGCCAUUGUGGCAAUCGGGUCUGUUCCCGCCGGGCUCGGGGAGAGGAUUGUAAUCUGGAUUGCCGGGGAGAGAAAGGAUCCCCCUGCGGAGGGGUGGAGCGCAUGUCUGUUUACAGGGUUGAGGACCGUAUUCCGGGACAGAGAAGAUACAGAACUGUGCACUACCACGGCUGUUACAAGAGGCCAAAGAACUCUACCGCUGACUUCCUGAUCCAGACCUCUGGGCCGACACACACUCCUCAGCAAUGUAUCGAGACCUGUACAGAUCAGGACCUUCCAUUGGCCCUUUUGAGAGGGCAAGACUGUUUCUGCGGCCAUGCCCCAUUUCUCUUCACAAUCCAGAUGAGUGAACAGGAACACAUGUGUGAGAGGGGCAACCAAACAAACCACACUUCCCCUUAUGACUUGGACUACUACUGGGUGUACAGUACUCCUGUGUUAGAUGCAACAUGCAAAGAAAGGACAUUUCUGCCCCAGAAGUCCAGGACUCUCGUGGCCCUGUCCAGCUUUCCAGGGGCAGGAAACACCUGGUUACGUCACCUGAUCGAACUUGCCACAGGAUUCUAUACCGGCAGCUAUUACUUUGACGGAUCUCUGUACAACAAAGGUUUUAAAGGAGAGAAGGAUUACUGGCAGAGCGGGAGAGUCAUCUGCGUCAAGACUCACGAAAGCGGCCAGCGAGAGAUUGAAAUGUUCGACUCUGCCAUCCUGCUGAUGCGAAACCCCUAUCGUUCCCUUAUAGCAGAGUUCAAUCGAAAGUGUGCCGGACACCUGGGCUACGCAUCGGACGUUCACUGGAGGAGCAAAGAGUGGUCCGAGUUUGUGGACAGCUAUUCGACCUGGUGGGUGUCUCACGCUCUGGCCUGGUUGCGAUUUGCCCACCGCUUGCUCGUGGUACACUUUGAAAAUCUUCAGAAAGAUCUAGUCCCUCAGUUAAAGUCUAUCACCGCUUUCCUAAACAUCAGCAUUCCUGAGGAAAGACUUCUAUGCACAGAGAGCAACAGAGAUGGCCAUUUCAAACGCUCUGGAUCUCGUAGCCUGACUUUUGACCCCUUCACCCCUGAGAUGAGAGCUCGUAUAGAUGAAUACAUCCACACAGUAGAUAAAGCCCUCAGAGACAGAAACCUCAGCGGCCUUCCACAGGAGUACAUGCCCAGGUGAGGAUACAGGAGUGUAGCUGCUGCCCCCUGCUGGAGGGAGGACACAGAACCACAAAGUGCCUGAGUAAAAAAACACAACUGACAUCUCUCAAAGCCUUUGAAAUGCUGUUUGUUUGUCUGUUUUAUGUGUGCUUUUUGUUUGUGGUUGAUGUAUUAUUGGCAGUGUGGAGACUGUGUCUAGUUUGUAUGUUAUAAUUAAACUCAUUAAUUCUCAUAGUAUCAGUUUCAGUCCAUUUUAAUAUCCUCAAGUAGAUUACACAAUACUACGGCAUUUCAAGUACCUUAAUAAUUAAAAUCCAUGUAUGUAUUUAUUUGAAAAUUACUGCUUGUCAACUGUGUUUCUGGUGUGUUUUUGGAAUCUCAGGGUCAGCAUCUUCAGUGGACACAGAUGCAUUAAUUCCAGAUAGAUGCAUCAGGAAAAAAAUGUUCCUUUUUAAUCAGAGAUAAGACAUUGUGCUCUUAUAUGACAAACGGCAUGUGUCCUUCAGUCAUUUUAUUGCUAUAAUGAAUGAAAAGCAAAAAUUUUAAAGGCUACAACACUCACAUGAGCUAAUUACAGUAACAGAAAUGAAUAUAUUUUUAAUAAAAUCUGAGCGAUUUCUGUUCCUCCAUUGAUGGCUAUCACUUUGAGACUUCAAACUGUUCACAAAGAGAUCGUAAACUAAUCCAUAUGAAUUGAGUAGUUUAAUCACAAUCGCUUUAUAUGAUGGACAGAUUGAAUUUAGGCUUCCUUCUUUCUCCAAAGUGGCAAUCAGGAAGACACCAAUUUCAAAGUCAAAUGUUUUAUUUUGCUGGCUACUAAAGGAUGGUAGCAUGCUGUGAUGUUUCUGAUUUUCUAGAUAGUUAGUUGGUACAUUAGUCCUUCCAUUUGAGUGCUUCAAAAUGAUAAUAAGUGCUUAAUGUCACUGCAGCUUGAAAGAAAAAUGCUCUGACUGCGGAAUUACUCAGUGAAAGACAGUUCUUUUGCACAUAGCUACAUUUAAAGAGAAGAGCUGUUCACAGAGGACCAGCAUGCUCCUCUAUCAAUCUUGGCUGUUUUAAAUCAUUUAUCUUUUAAACAAGCCAGACUAAUGUCUUUGAUCGCAAUGUUACAAACUUGGCAUCUUGAUUAAGGGACAUUUGAAUGCAACUGAAGUAGGUUUUAAAUAAUCCAUUAAAUAAAAUAAUUAUUGUCAUAAAUCUGACUUCAAAAAUACCUUGCCUACAAACUCAGAAUGUGGAAUAUGCAGUCAUAUAAGUAAACAAUAAUGAUAAAUAUUUGUAUUUGCUACAUAUUUUAAUAUUAACCAUUUCAAUAAUUAUAUUAUAAUUCAAAAUGAGCACUAUAAUAUAAUGAAAUAUUUGUGAUUUAUCUUAACAAAAACAAACAAACAAAAACAAAACAAAAAACAGAAUUUGAAGCCAAGUAAACGGUGCAAAGCUUUAAAAGGCUGUCAAAGAAAUAUGAUGCUUUUUGCAGGCAGAUGGUGUAGUUACAGCAUCUACCAGCAGGGGCUAACUGGGCCAAACCUUGAACCCUUGAGAUUUGCAUUUAAAGUUACAAGUGAAAAAAAAAAAAAAGUUACAGAAAGAUUUCAGAGCAUUCUCCAUAAAGUCUGCUAUUAAAAUAUGAGCACAUUCCUCGACUCUCUCCUGCAGGGUGCUUAUAUGAAUCUGAGAGAAAGACUUAAAUAACUUUGGCAUAUGGCUGCUCUGUUCUCUGCCAAACAAAUCCAAGACACACGUCAAGCAGUCCGUCCAUCUGUUAAACAUUGCGUGAUGGUAAGCCUGCUGGAACAAUCUAUCACCCUGUGAUACAAUUCAGUGAUUUCAUAAUGUCCUGCUGUAAUUUUCCCCCUGCAGAGCAUCAGUGUGUUUUGGAACUAGAGAAACAGAUCUAUGAAUCAUCUAAAUGUUUUAAUCAAAGGAAUUCUGGAAAUGAUAGUUUUUCAUGAGUGAUUAUGAGUACAUUGAAAUUACAGACACAAACAAUAUUUAUGAAUCUGUAAAAUGAGGAAAGUCAUGAAAUUGUCAAACAUGCUUUACGAAUCUUUUGUUUAGAAUCAGUGGUUCGGAGCACGAAAGUCACAUGAUUUCAGUAAA